CAUGGGGCGUCUGUGUUGUGUUUCUGUUUAGCCUGUGCGCGCAGCAGAACGCCAGGUCCAUAACUUUAAAGAUGGAUGACAUAUUUAACUACAGCAGAGCACUGAACCGAAGUUCACCUGGCGAUGAGGAAUUUAGUUUCGAAGACAUCGAUGUGAGCGCGGACAGCACUCCCAUCCUGAGGAUACUCAUCUCCGUGGUGUACUCUCUAGUUUGCGCGGUGGGUUUGGUGGGGAAUCUGCUCGUGUUUUUCCUCGUGAGGGUACGACAAGGUCGAAAGAAGUCCACCAUCAAUUUUUUCAUCAUCAACUUGGCAGUGACGGACUUCCAGUUCGUGCUCACUCUGCCCUUCUGGGCCGUGGACACCGCGCUGGACUUCAGCUGGCCGUUUGGAGACGCCAUGUGCAAAAUCAUCCUCUCGGUCACCGUGAUGAACAUGUACGCCAGUGUGUUUUUUCUCACUGCCAUGAGUGUGACCCGUUACCUGUCUGUCGCCUCGGCCCUGAAGAAAACAACGUACAGGAGGUCGCGGUGCGUAAAGUGGGUGUGCGCGGUGCUGUGGGUGGCGGCAACGGUGGCCACAGCUCCGACAACUUUCUUCUCCACCGUGACUGUGAUCGCUGGUGAAAAACUCUGCCUCCUCAAGUUUCCUGAUGGAUACGAUUGGCUCGCCCUCUAUCACAUCCAGAAAAUACUGAUAGCAUUCAUCAUCCCUAUGCUCAUAGUCUGCGUUAACUAUCUGAUGCUCCUGCGCUUCGUAAAACAGAGGAGCAUGGACAGCAGCAACCCUAAACGGAGGUCUAGAGUCACCAGAUCUGUCGCUAUAGUGGUUUUGUCUUUCUUCUGCUGCUGGAUGCCAAAUCAUGCCAUCACCUUCUGGGGUGUCUUGGUCAAAUUUAACGCAGUCGACUGGGAUAAGUCAUAUUACAUGGUGCACACGUAUGUGUUCCCGGUCACUGUGUGCUUGGCGCACGUUAACAGCUGCUUGAACCCGGUCCUUUACUGCCUGAUGAGGCCAGAGAUUAGGAAGCAGCUCAGCAGUUUGAUUUGGAAAGUCUCCACUCCUUCCUCCAAGAAGAGCUGCGCGACGCGCUCUUUUACGCAGGGAGAAACCCAGGAAGUCGUGCCUCUCCAGAUUGUGGACAAUGAAGAGUACACGCUGUCCAUCAUAGACCGUAAAGGCUUAAGCUCCAAAAUGAUGCCAUACACCCGAUAACUCAGUCUGGUGAAAUAAAGACCCCAUGCAUCUGCUUGUUUUGCCCUGCUUGUCCACCUGUAACUGUCAUGACUCGUGCGUAAAACGUCCGCUAGAAUCAUCAUACUGUAUGACAUGAACUAUGACAAGUGUAAAGUAUUUCAUUUCUACAACUGUCACAAUAUCACUAGUUGAUUCCACUGAUGAAUACACGGGUGUGCAUUUCUUUUUUUAUGACUUGCAAUUUUUAUUUUACGAUAAACACAUCUGUCAUACAACAGAUGACACACAGUGUGACUUUUCCAAACUGACUCAAACACCCCAUCUCCACCCAACACAGGAACAA